UUUUGACAGUUCUCUUUUGAUCCUGAAACAUUCAAGGUCUGCACGGAAGUGUUGUAUCGCCCAAUUCGGUGCUCUUGCCUCAUCCAAAUUGAAUUUUUCCAAUUUCUGUGUCAAAAGUGUAACUGGAGAGUGUUAACAAAAAAAAAAGAAGAAGAAAACCCCCAAGAAUCCAAAAUAAUUCUCAAAAAAGCAAAUUAUUCAAAGUGCAAUUAAGUGAGAAAUUAAAAAGAAAAAUACCAAAAAAGAAAAACCCAACCAAUCAAUCAACCAACACCCAUCGACUUAAAAAAUAUAUAGUAUAUAAAAAGAAAAACUGAAAAGGAAUACCUACAAUCUUCUUGCAGCAUAAAAUCAAUUUAUCACACUUCCCAAGGAUUUAAGACCUUCCGUUGUCGUUUUCGCUUAAAAACAAACCAAAAACUUAAAAAAAACAGCAAGAAUGCCGUCUGCCGAACCAGAAGACGUUGCCCCAGCGCCACAAGUCCCAAAAACAGAAUUGGAAGAACUCCAAUUAAAGGCACAAAAUGUUACCGAUGAGUCGUUGGAAAGUACCCGGCGUAUGCUUGCUCUCUGCGAAGAGAGCAAGGAAGCCGGGAUUCGCACCCUGGUAGCCCUUGAUGAUCAGGGAGAACAACUUGAUCGUGUCGAGGAGGGUAUGGAUCAGAUUAAUGCCGACAUGAGAGAAGCUGAAAAGAAUUUAAGUGGAAUGGAAAAAUGUUGUGGCAUUUGUGUGUUACCCUGCAAUAAGAGUCAAUCCUUCAAAGAAGAUGACGGUACCUGGAAAGGAAAUGACGAUGGCAAAGUUGUCAAUAACCAGCCACAACGUGUAAUGGAUGAUCGUAAUGGAUUAAUGGCUCAAGCGGGUUAUAUUGGACGAAUAACAAAUGAUGCGCGAGAAGACGAAAUGGAGGAAAAUAUGGGACAAGUGAAUACAAUGAUUGGUAAUCUCCGAAAUAUGGCUCUUGAUAUGGGUUCAGAAUUGGAGAACCAGAACAGACAGAUCGACAGAAUUAACCGCAAGGGUGACAAGAACACAAUAAGAAUUGACGGCGCUAACAAACGGGCCAAUGAACUAUUGAAAAACUAGAAAUUAUUAUUAAUUUUAUUUAUUUUAAUUUCUAAUUAAGUUUUGUGUAUUUUUUUUGUAAACAAAAUAAAUUAUAAUUAAUGUACAUUCUUUUUGAAAAAUAAAAAAUACUCUCUUUUUAAAAAAUACAAAAAAAAAAUUGUUUGAAAACAAGAAAAUACAAAUUGUUAACUUUCAAGUCGCACAAUUGAAGCUUAUUGUUUAUUUUUUCUGGCCUUAAAUUUUAUUUUCGUUUAGUUUUUCAAAAUACAUAAUAUAUUAAAAUAAAAAUAAAUUACUUGAUCAAAGUGUUUGCUUUAAAACAUUUAACCUCUAGCAUCAAAUUAAAAUUCACUUUUAAGAUUGUCACAGAAAAAAAUGUUAAGAAAAUAGGUCAAAAGAGAAAAACUGACAAAUGCUACCAAGUUCAAGAGUCAAAUAUGUUCGCCCAAAUGCACGUUGGUCAUUUGUGACCAAAUAAAGUCAGUAUUUUUUACUUAGUCAAAUGCUAACUACUUACUUAGGUCCUCAGACCUAUAAAGUCCGUUGGGGACCCCUUAUGUUGUAUGCCUACGUUUUCGAAGAUAUGUUUCAACUCCCUUAAACUCUUGCCUAGUGUCGCUGAUUCAUCCUUUGACUGUCCUGCGCCGUGUGCUUCUCGAUUGUCCAGCUCUUCAUCCUUCUUGUGUAAGCGGAUUCCACUGCAUUGCUAAGCCUGCAAUGCAGACUUUGCCUUUCCGAAGCGUAUGUCCAAUCCAUUGAAACUUUAAUGCAGUCGAUAGGUUCUUGAACUGUCUUUCUAUGAAGGAAGGACGUCAUUCGAUAUUCCGUUUGCCAAAAAAAUCCCUAGGAUGUUGUCAAGACAUCUAUUCAGGAAGGUUAGCAGCUCCAUUGUAAUGGCUUGAGUCACCUUCUAGAUGCUGCACACAUAAACAAGUACAUAUCCGACAUUUGUGCGAAACAGUCUUAGCUUUGUUCUUAAGUUGAUAAAGUUAUUCCCCCAAAUUUUCGACAGCAUACCGAAUGCCACUUUUGCUUUGCAGCUGCUGAAGAUAAUGUCUUGUUCAGUUCCGCCUUCGAUGAAGACGUUGAAAUUUUUAAGGAAAUAAUCAUUUGUGAGGACGAUCAGGUUCCAAGGCUGAUCAUUUUUGUUUUUGCCGGAAUCAAUUUUCAGCCCAACGAUGUCUGCUUCUCUCUCAACACUUGUUGUUAUUUAAUGGAGAUCUAUGAUCCUAUGAUAGAGUAAGCAAAAACGUCCGCGUAAUGCAAGUGCUUUAAAAACGAUGUCAAAGUUAAAUGGAUUCCACCGCUACCUGACAAAGCUGCGCGCAGUACAUCGCUUAUAACCAAUUAAACAAUAUUGGCAACAGAAUACAGCCUUGUCUGACUCCGCUAAGGAUUUAAAAAACUUCUGACAACCUACCAUAAUUCAGAACGUGAUCUUUGAUUCAUCAUAUGUUGCUUUCAUAAUAGCAAUCAGUUUUUCUGGAAUACCUCUCCUCCGCAAAGCUAAACAGAUGUACUCCCUGCUGACGCUAUCAAAGGCCUUCCCGAAGUCGAUAUAAAGCAGGUGUAGUGGGGAUCGAUAUUCAAGGCACUGCUCAAUAAUGAUCCGCAGUGUGUUGAUGUGAUCAAUACACGAAGAUCCAUCGCGGAAUCCUACUUGUUCGGCAUCGAGUGUGGCCUCAAAGUGUUUUCUGAUGCGUUCCAGUAUGAUUUUUCCUACUAUUUUGGCAACGGCAUUUAGAACGUAAAUCCCUCUCCAGUUUUUGCACUUUGUAAGAUCUCCUUUUUUAAGAGCUUGACUAUCAUUUCCAUCUUACACUCAACAAGGAAGCUUUCGGCGGUCCAGGCUUCGUUUAUGAGCGGAUGAAGCAGUUUUCUUGUAGACUUUGUAGUUGCACGUAAAAGCUCUUUGGGAAUUCCAUCAAGUCCUACCGCUUUGUCGUUCUUAAGUGCUUUAAUUACGGCUACAUUUUCAUGCGGUGCUGAUUUAGGAAUUGGUUUCUUCAGGCGCUUCAGAAGGCAUUGGCUGUACAAUGUCUGGAAACACUGGGCUUAAACCAAGGAAAAUAGUUCUUUCCACCUUCUGACUUGUUCAUCCACCGAACUUAGCAAAGUACAGUCUACUGCUUUCACCAAACAUUGCUUGGAGCUGUGUACACCGGUCAGUUCUUUGGUUAUUCCGUAAAUGGUUCUGCUGUGGCAACUGUUUACAGCAUCUUCUGCUUCUAGCGCCAAUGCAUUGAUAUAGUUACGGUUGUCACGUUUCAUGCGUACGAGGAUUCCAACUCAUUUCUUUGUUCCCAUUGUGCAGCCCUUAACUUUUUGCGUUUGUUGAUUCCUGCUUGAGAUUCUUCUUAAAGCCAGGUGUUGUUGCCUCCUUUCCGACCGACUAUUCUGUCAGCGCCUGAAAUGAAAAGAUUGUUUAAAGCAUUCAUUUUUAUUUUUAAAAUUGGACACAAUUUUUUCUUCUCAAGUGGCAGUCGUGCCAAUGAAAAUCUUCAGAAUCAAUUUUUUCAUAAAAUUGACUCUCUAGUACUGGAGCCUCGAAAUGAGAGUAUUCUAAACACUUGGUUUUAAACUAUACCUACAAGACAAAAAUGUCUAGACAUUGAUUUCGUCUCGGGAUUCAGAUUUUCUUUAAGGUGGCGGCGCCGGUCGACUUCAUAAGAUGGUAAGAGUUUAAACUGGGAUUUCGUCCUGCAGCAAUAUUUUGUUCAAUCAGAAAGUUGCACCUUCUUUUUUCUCUGUGACAAUUGGCUAUCUUCUAUAACAUCAUAACUAAAAACGCUCAAAAAUAACAAAACAAAAAUAUUUAAAUGUUAAAAAAAUCUUUAAUAUACCAAAACAUAUGUUUAUCUUGCGUUGAAAUAAGCAGGAUAAUUUUUGAAUCCAUAUCAAUUAUCAAAAUAUAUACAUAUAUAUAUAUAAAUAUAAAUAAAUAAGUAAACCGACAAAAUAAUCAAUAGAUAAUAAUUAAAUAAAAAAAGAAGAAAAUACAUAAUACCUUAAUCAAAAACGUUUUUGUUUCAUCGAGGUUCCUUAAUCACGAUACUUUCUUGAUUUACAUAAAAUUUACAUUUUGAAAAUUUUCCUACUUUUUCUUCGUCUAUUUUCACAUCGAUUUUUACUACUUUUUGGGUUUUGGAGAACGCAAAAUGUUUAAGGUUAAUAAAAACACGUUACAUAUAGAAAAAUAAAUAAAAAAAAGGAACAGAGUUACAGAAUUUGUAUAUAAAUUAUUAGUCAAUAAAUAACAUUCGAGAUAAUUUUGAUCUAUUUUUUCACCUGCUAAAUAAAACAAACAUGCACCACCGUUUUCACUUUAAAAAAAAGAUACAUUUAAAUUUUACAUUUAUUGAUUAAGUAAAAUCUUCACAAGUUAAAUCAUCCAAUAAAUCAAAAAAGCAAUACGUUCCAAUUUCGAAAAUUUAUUUAUCAAUAAAAUAAAUCGAAAUUUCAUUAAGAAUCAUGAGAAUGAUAAUGUAUCACAAUUUUUGAAAUUUAUUUUCAUGAAGUGGUUGUUAUUUUUGUCAGAUCGGAAAAUAUGAAAUUUUGGUUGAAAAAUAUGGAUUUGAUAUAGAGGAAUCUUUUUAUUUAUUUAUUCAUUAAUUUCAAAAAAAAAGAAAAACAUACAAAACGAAGUAACCAUUUGCAAUAAACUUUUAAACCACCUUAAACGGAAAACAAUGUUUUUGAAUCUAUAUUAUAUUCCUUCAACAAUAAUAAAGUAUAAAGCAACAUUCUUAGAUAAUCAUGUAUUUAUUUUAAAACAAAAUAGAUACAUAUAUAUAAAUAUGAUUAAUAAACAAAAUUAUUGUUUAUUAUUUAGCAUUUAUCCAAAAUAGCCAAAAAGAAAAAGGCACAUCAAUACAACAACCACAACAAUAAUAAAUAAAUAAAUGAAUUGCAGUCUAUAGUAAAUAUUUUUCAUACUUACAUAAUCAUAUUUAUCAAAAAAAAUAAGAAUUGAAACUAAAAUUAAAAAAUAACAUUUUAAAAUAAUAAUAAAAUAAAAUAAAAAUUUAAACCAAAUUAAUUAAGGCAACGCUGCGGGCGUCUCUCAGGACAAAUAUUCGUAUGAAACGGAUGCUUUUAUUUUAUUUGAUUAGCAUUUCUGAAAAAACAAAAAUAUGAAACAUAAUUUUUGAUUUAUUUUUUAUUUAAUAAAAAUAUUUAAGUAAUAAGAUGUAGUCUGAUUAUUGAGUUAGUUAUGAUUCGAAUUGCCGUAUUUUCCAGACGCUUGAAAUUCUCCGAUUUCGAGAAAAAAUUCGAAUCCUUAGGUUUCUUUAAUUAACUUUAGUUAAUUAACAAUCUCAAUAAAUACGAACAUACCAAAAUUAAACGACAUGAUUUGAUUUCUUAAUAGACUUUUUAAUUCUUAGAUACUUGUUUACUUAAGGGCCGCUAGAAUCCGGGGCAGACUUGGGACCUCUCCCUCCUGCAAGCGCUACCUGAGUCGCGGUCUUCCUCUACUUCCAGGCUGGAGCGUUGAUGUCCAUUCAUGACCCAGCGAUCUAAAUCGUUGGACUUUUAUUCUUUUAACCAGGUCAGUGUCGCUGUACAGCCCGUCCAAUUCCUUGUUGUAUCUUCUCCACCGCUCUUAGAUGGACUAAGCAGACGGGACUACAAAUCACUCGAAGAAGAAACAUCUUAAGAAGCUCUUUCUUUGACAGAGUCCAGGCCUCAGCGCCAAAAAUUAUAACUGGGAUGAUAAGUGUCUUAUAGAUGGUGAUCUCAGAUGCUUGAGAGAGGACUUUACUAGUCAAUUGCCUUCUAAGUCCAAAGAAGCAGAGAUUGGCAUAGAGUUCUUUUCUGUUUGAUUUCAGCGCUGGUAUGGAAUUUAUAGCUUUGCAUAGGAAGACAAAGUCUUUAGCUACCUCAAAGUUCGAGCGGUCAAUCGUGACAUGACGUUAUGUCCAAGACAUUGUCGUUCAAUGUCCUUUUUCAAUGACAGCGUAUACUUGGUCUUGGACUCAUUUACCACUAAACCCAUCUUCUCCGCUUCCGUCGCAAUGCUCAAAACACUUCACUGACAUCAAGCUCUGAUCUUCCAAUUAUGUCAAUAUAAUCGGCGUAUCCGAGUAAUUGGAUGGACCUUUUGGAAGAUUGUGCCUCUAGUGUUGACGGUUGAGUUUUGCAUAAUUCUUUCCAGAACGAUGUUAAAGAAGUCGCAUGACAGUUCAUCGUCUUGUCUAAAACUUUUUUGACGUCAAAUGCAUCGGUGAGAUCUUUUUUGAUAGAAUCCAAUUAAAAAUGCCAUUAGACCAGUUUUUCUCUUGUUAAAAAAAACUAGGUUAAACAACAUGAUUUAAAUUCUUUGAAGUUAGGCAAAAAGGACUUAAGUCAGAAACUGGUCACACAGACUCAAUAAACUUUGGACGUUAAUAUCAUUAUUAAUAAGCAAUUUUUCUAGACUUCAGUUUUUGUUGUUAAACGAAAGAGACCAAAAAUAGUCCAUCACAACAAAUCAAAAUUGCAAUUUUUUGACUUAAGACUUUUUUCUCUGAAGUUAAAAUUAUUGGCGCAGGUUUUCAAUUGAUCAUCUAGAAGGUUUUUGAACCAAAGUACAGUGUUCUUCGAGAAAAUGGUUUAGAAUUAAAAUUUCAAUCGUUUACAGAAGUUCUAACCAAUCACAUAAUUGUUCACAUAUUUCAGGAUCAAUUAGAAGUGUAUCAAGUGUUUUAUUGGCAUUUAUAUCUCCACGUCACCUUUUUGAAUAUGCCGUAAUUAUCUUUUUGCUGAGUGCUAUCAUAAUGACAGUUCGUAUUUGGAAAAGAAGUCGAAUUAGCUGUGAAUUUGGUUCAGGAUUGAAACCAGAAGCAUUUGAUUGAUAUUUUGUACAAUUCGCUAAACAAAUUGAGUAUGGUUUCAGAUUGAAUUUUUGGCACUUACUGUGGCUGUGGCAGAAAUGUCAGAGUUGGCAUUUUAUUCCUUCCGCAGUCUACUAAUCAGACUAAGGGCAGGUUCAGGCAACAUAAGGGACUUCAUUUGCAGUCAACUUCAUUGUUUAAACGUAAAUUUUGACCAGGGCAACUAGAUAGUUUUUCAAGUGUCAUGGUUUUUAAAUUCAGAACUUUAAUUCAAAAACCUCUUCUUUAUUUUUGUGUACAAAAUACUUCUCAAGCAAGCUACAAGUCCAUCACGAUUUGUAUUUUGUAUUGUUAGAAAUAUUACUUAUUUAUUUUUAAAUUUAGAAGGAGCCUUUUUACAGAACGCAUUAAAUGAAGUUGUGCAGAAAAUAAAUAAAUCAUUGAGUAUUAAAGUUCAGCUUUUAGUUGAAUGACAUGAUCAAUUAUCAUUUUGACAUAUUUUGACUUGACUUGAAAGUUAGGGAGAUUUUUCUUGACUAACUUUCCAGGCAACUUUCCAAUAAAGUUGCCAUAAUUGGGAGGCAAAUUUUUGGCAGCUGGCCAAUCAGAUACUUGCCUUACUUUCAAGUCCCUUAUGUCGCCUAAAUGUCGAUUGACACAUUCACAAAGCUAGAAGUCUAAAUUCUGUCAUAUUAAAGACAAAUGAAAAUUUAUAGAAUACGAAACAUUUGUGUUUUGAGAAUUAAGUGAUUUGUAUUUGUUUUAAAAUACUGAACAAUUUAUUUCAUUCAUAAUUCUUGUGCCUUUCCCGAGAACCUGAUUGUGAAACGUCAAAAUCAGUGUGCACUUACUUUGUAGCUGAAAAUCAGCAGGUUCAGAUGACAUAAGGAACCUGAAGGUGAGGCAAGUUUAUUGUGGCCAGCUAACCAAAAAUUGACUUCCGAUUAAGGCAACUUUAUUGGAAAGUUAGUCAAGCAAAAUCUCCCUAACUACCAAGGCAAUUGCACUUAUGUCAAAAUGCCAGCUGAUCAUGUCUUUUCAUUUAACUGAAAGCUGAACUUUAUUACUCUGUGAUUUGUAUAUUUUUCUGCAUAUUUCGAUGCAAUGUUUUGUGUAAAAAGUUAAUACAUCAUGAUGGGCUUGUAGCUUGCCUAAGAAGUUGCAUGUAGACAACAAUGGUUUUGGUACGCUCAACUGAAAGUAGAGAUUAGUAAAGUUAAGUUUCGAGUUUGAAAUUUAUGAUACUUUAAAAACUACUUAGUUUCGGUUAAAAUUGACCUUCAAAGAAUUAACUGCAAAUAAAGUUCCUUAUGUUGUCUCAACCUGUGCAAUAUUACACAAGGCCGGAGGGGAAAUUUCAACUCAUUUUGUAGUUGCAUUUAGCCCAUUAGGAUGCCUUGACUACGUAACCUCUAGCCCCCAAUAUAUGUAUGUUUAUUUAGUGGCACCGAUAUCUGCUUUAAAUUGUAACGACCAUUUGAAGAUUUCUAAAUUAAUUCAAUUUAAAGUUUUGGAUAAUUUCAGAAAUGCCUCGACAAGAUGACAUCUCGAGGUAUAUUAGUUUUAUUUUGUAACUAUGUUUGUUUUAAUACUUUCUGUGUCAAGUCGCAUGAGGUUACUUAAUUUUUGCGUUAAGUUUUAAGAGUUAAACAAAGUAGGAAAAGUGAUAAUAUCAGAGAUUUGUUGAAAAUGUUUCUUUUUUUGAAAGGUAAAAGAAAAGAUUCUAAAAACACGAGAUAAAGUAAUAAAAAUUUUAACAUACUUUUUGUUUUAACGUGUGAAAGAGGAGUAAAAUUGUUGUCAAAAAUUUUUGGCUAUCGGCCCAAUUUUCUCCAACUAUAAAUGAAAUCGGGCUAAAAAGGGCUUAAAUCGCUGUGUGUAAGGUUAUAUCAACACCGGUUAUGAAAAGGUAUUUGCCCAAUCUAUAAGAUGUACUAAAUCGAGUUUUAAGCUUGCUUCAACAAGUAAACAAAACUUCAUUUUGGUAGAAUGGAGUUUUAUUUUAUUUCAUCGCACUCAGUGAGCCAACUUUUAUUUGACUAUUUAAAUUUAAUUAUAGCUUAUUCGAACGCAAGUAGUUUAAUGAUUGAUGAUUACAAAUACAAUUGU